GUUUAUACAUUAUCCAUAACUACAAUACACCUGUUGCCCCAGUGAGAGUGAGUACAAAUGCUGCAUUUUCACCAUAGUCUCUCACAUCACACAAACUCUUUGCAUAAUCCCUCCAUCUUCUUACUUACACAUCCAAGUACUUCUGUUUCUGUGUCCGGUUUAGCUAGAUGGAAUAUAAUAUUCAAGAAAAGAAGAAGAAAUAAGCAAUAUCCUUUGGUUGAAGCUGUUGAAAAGGAUUCAGAAUUUGAAGUUGACCAAGACAAGGCUCGUGAAGCUUUGAGAAAGCUUGAUGAACAGCUUCAAUCCAUUUCUCAGAAGCAAAUUGACCCUCCAAAGAUUAGGGCUACAGAUGUGAGCCGUGCCAGCAGAGAAAUGACAGAAGUCACUAGUGAUCCUGAAGGAUCCUUUUUAACUUCCUUAGCCUUUGGUCUCUUACUCUUCACUAUUUUCUACAAUAUACUCUUCACCGCUGUAAUUAAACCUGCAAUUGAUGGACCAGAAACAGUAGCAGAAAUAGACCUAUAUGCUUCAAACUCAUGAAGCAGCACCAGUUGUUAUGGAUACCCGGAGUUUAUAAUGAGCUGUGAAAUAACUUUGUAUUGAGGUAGAAAGGUUGAAGCUACUGAAAAACGCUAUUUCAGAGUAAACCAUAUUUCAAGUGGCCUGCUUUUCAUCUCAUGCACAAUGUUGUCUUCAUUUAGGAUGUGUUUUGUAUGAAGGAAAAUGUUUUUCUAGAAAUACUUUUUUGGAAAACGCCAUUGUUCUGGUGCA